CCGCCCCGGACCCGCCCAGCCCCGGCCAGGCGACCAGGAGCUCAGGCAGCGGCGCUGGAGCCGGCGGGGCGCAGGGGACCGGAGCGCACCUUCGCCCAGAAACAUGGGCCACCACACGAUGUCCAUCAAACCCGGCUUGUCGGUGCGCAAGUGGGGGGCGCCCCCUCCUCUGACCCACCCCUGAUGGCGCUGCCUCUCAGGUAGGAUGCGUCCCCUGCCCAUCUUCUUCCUGGUUCGCCAUCCUCACCUGGCCUCCCCGGCUGGCGACCGCCCCACCCUCCAUCAUGAACCACGAACGGAGCCUCCACAACAACGCCGUGGCCUGGCUGGUGUGCUCGGGCUUGGCGGUGCUGGCCAACGCUUGGGGUAUCCUGAGCGUCAGCGCCAAGCAGAAGAAAUGGAAGCCGCUGGAGUUCCUCAUCUGCACCCUGGCGGGGACCCACAUCCUCAACAUCGCCGUCCCCAUCACCAUGUACUCGGUCAUCCAGCUGCGUCAGCGGCACUCGGACUACGAGUGGAAUGAGGGCCUCUGCAAAGUCUUCGUCUCCACCUUCUACACCUUGACACUGGCCACCUGCUUCUCCGUCACCUCGCUGUCCUACCACCGGAUGUGGAUGGUCCGCUGGCCGGUUAACUACAGAUUAAGCAAUACCAAGAAGCAAGCGGUCCACACGGUGAUGGGCAUCUGGAUGGUCUCCUUCAUCCUCUCCACGCUGCCCGCCGUGGGCUGGCACGACACCACCGAGAGGUUCUACGCCAGCGACUGCCGUUUCAUCGUCACGGAAAUCGGCCUCGGCUUCGGGGUCUGUUUCCUGCUCCUCAUCAGUGGUAGCGUGGCCAUGGGGGUGGUCUGCGUGGCCAUCUCCCUCUUCCAGACCUUCUCCAUCCAAGCGGGCAACAACCUGGACAAGAACAAGUUCAACGUGCCCACCAUCGUGGUGGAGGACGCCCAGGGCAAACGCCGCUCCUCCAUCGACGGAUCCGAACCCGUCAAGACGUCUCUCCAGAUCACUUACCUGAUCACCGGCAUCGUUUUCCUCUACGAUUUCCUGAUGGGAUUUCCUGUCUUGGUGGUGAGUUUCGCCAGCCUGAAGUCGGACGUGGCCUACGACUGGAUGGUCCUGUGUAUCGUCUGGUGCUCCGUAGCCCAGUCCCUUCUCCUGCCUUUGUUCCUUUGGGCCUGCGACCGCUACCGGGCCGAUGUCCGCUCAGUCUGGGAGAAGUGCGUGGCCAUCAUGUCCAACGAUGACGGCGGGGAAGAGGCUAGCUUGGACCGGCCGAUUCCCACGGAUGCGAUAUACUCGCAACCUUAUUCCGACAGCCUCUCCGGCGAUGUUCUCACUGUGGACCAGAUCGCCAGCUAUGACCUGUCAGCACUGGAGCGGGGGAUCCCUCAGGUCUACGCCGCGAAGCCUGUCCCGGAGGACAAAAUGCAGUAUCUCCAGGUCCCUCCGACCAGGCGUUUCUCGCACGACGAAACUGAGAUUUGGACCACCAGCCAGAUUUCGGCCUACUUUCAGCACUGGGUGGCAGGAGAGGACAUCACUGCUGAACUGGCCAGCCUGCUCCUCCCUCAGCCUCGAUACGACCGGCGGAGGACCAGCGUCCUCUCCUACCAGGAGGAUCGGCGUCUCCACCGAAAGCGCAGGAAGUCCGCCGAGAGCCCGUUAUUCCUCAAGCCCUUCUCGUGCGAAGACAUCCACCGGCAGGGAGGCUACAAGUGCUUUAGCAAAGAGGACGUGAUGGAUUUCGCGGAUGAGCCCAGUCCCCGUCCAACCCUGAGGAGACCGCCGGUGCGCUCGGCCUCCGUCUCUCUCCUCCCAGAUGGCUUUUCGCAUUGUUCAACCGCCGCGGUUCUCCGAGACUUCCCUUUGACCACUUUCGAACGAGAGCCUCAAGUUUUGCGAAGCAUCUCAGUCCAGGGACGAGGGACUUCUCUGAUGGUACCGGGCCCUCUCCCAGCUACGGAGGACACUCGGAUCCUCUUCCCCAAAGGGAGCUUGGACAUGCCUUGCCACGAACAGAUUCACGUAGAACUCUGCGAGAGUCCCGGGACGGAGGAUUGUCCGAUGAUCAGGAGUUGCUCCAAGACAGAAUGUUUCCGGACAGGUCUGAGUCCUUCCUGGAGAGGUCAAGACGAUCUUCAGAAAAAUGGAAGCAAAGGUAGCACGAGCAGUUUCUUGAGCUCACCUUCGGCCUCCUCUGGAUACGUCACAUUCCACUCGGAUUCAAUUAGCUCCGCCUCGUAGACACGGGAGUAGCCGGAAUCGCUUCGUACGCGUCUCUUCCAGAAGGGUCUAGGACAACCCGACGUGGCCAACUCGUCGUGGGACAACUCAGGACAAUUCAACACCGCAUUAAUCAUUCCGCUCAGUUACUUUAUGAUCGGUGGCCACGUUUUUUGUCGAAAUUUUUGUAACUCUCGUAUUUCUGCAAUGACCUUUCUUUUGUUAUUUACGGGCCACGGUUCCGUCGAAAAUUAACUUUUGUAUCUGUUGAAUUGUCCCGCAGCGAGUUGGCUGCGGCGAGUCCAGAUUUGGCUUCCAGAUUUGUUCCUCGCUCGACAGGAUUUCCUUCUGGUUGCGGUCUGGAUUUGGUAAUGGGAACUGGACAAAGCACCAAAGAACCUUCAUUUUUGUCUCUCGUCCUGGUUGUAAAAAACAGGAGAGGGAUGUUAAGCAGGACGCUUCGGAGAGCAACCUUGUAAGAGAAGCACUUCGAAUCCAGACGGGUCAUAUCUCAGCUCGGGGCAAGAGAGGGUAUGUUCUCCUCUCUUCCUUUUCUACUGCAAGAACCCACACAACUCGUCCAAAAUUGACGGACUUUUUGGUUUCGUUCGUUUUUCUAAUCAUCUCACGUCUUCUCCAAGAACUUUUCUAGGUAGAUAUUAAAUGUGCAUGUCUUUGGGUAUCGAUCCUUCUCUCUUGGAGCACGGCCGUGGGAGGAGGCCGUUGCCAAAAAGAGCCGAGUUUCCCUUUAAAAAAAUCUGGGCAGGGUACGCGCUCCCAACUUUUCCAAUCCUUGUUCUACAUUCCAAGAGACCCUCUUGCCGAGCGAUGAAAUGGUGGGUGAGACCCACAUGUGGUCUGUUAUUCCGAAAUAGUGUCAUGUUCAUGGAGUCGAUUAUUCCAGCAUAGUGUUGCAUGUACAUGGUCCGUUAUUUCAGAAUAAUGUCAUGUGGAUCUGGUCCGUUAUUCUGAAAUAGUGUCGCCUUCAUGUGGUCCGUUAUUUCAGAAUAAUGUCAGGCGCAUGGAGUCCGUUAUUCCAGAAGAGUGUUGCAUGUACAUGGUCUGUUAUUUCAGAAUAAUGUCAUAUGGAUCUGGUCCAUUAUUCCGAAGUAGCGUCACCUUCAUGUGGUCCAUUAUUUCAGAAUAAUGUCAGGUGCACGGAGUCCGUUAUUCCAGAGGAGUGUCGCAUGUACAUGGUCCAUUAUUUCGGAAUAGUGUCACAUGCAUGUGGUCUGUUAUUCCGGAAUAGUGUCAUAUGCACAUGGUCCGUUAUUUCAGAAUAAUGUCAGGUGCACGGAGUCCGUUAUUCCAGAAGAGUGUCACAUGCACACGGUCCAUUAUUCCAGAAUAGUAUCACGUUCACGUGGUCCGUUAUUCCGGGACAGUGUCAUAUGCCUGUGGUCCGUUAUUUCAGAAUAAUGUCCCGUGGAUGUGGUCCGCUAUUCCGAAAUAGUCUCAUGUGCAUGCGAUCCAUUAUUCUGGGAUAGUGUCAUAUUCACGUGGUCUGUUAUUCUGGAAUAAUGUUGCGUGCAUGUGGUCCGUUAUCCCAGAAUAGUAUCACAUGCACGUGGUCCGUUAUUCCAGAAUAACAUCAACGUUGGGACUGGGACAAACUCUGGUGGUUUGCAAAAAAAAAAAAAAAAAAAUUGUGGGUAUCUCUCAGGAGCAAAAUUUAAGUCCGAUCCAGAAAAACAUCUCUUUGACUUCGUUCCCCAGUCCCCUAAGCAAGAAAACUCGCCACCUUACCUCCUGUUCAGUGCCAAAGCCUCACCCCAGAUCCUGCCCAGAGCCACAGCCCCAUAACCUCCCAAGGGUGAUCUACAGGAUGCAGAAAUGGGCGAGGAGGAGGAAGGUUGUGCUAAAAAUGGCAGCUUUCCUUUUGCAGCAUCCCAUUCAAGCAAUACAACAAACGGUGCAACCCCUGCUGGAGGGGGUUGCCCUGACCCAUAACCAGUAUAGGGUUGCUGCCCUAUAUGGGUGGGGGAGGGGGAGAAUGCAUGGGUCACAUCAGAUCCAGCUUCCAGGAGAACUUUUUAGGGCUCUUAAGUCUCCUUACUGUAGACCAGGGGACACACAAUUUUAUUUUUUCUCCUGCGUUGUGGCAAGGAGUUCUUCCCCCGUCUCGUGCCCAUCCUGCGCCUGCAGGAAACCCCAUCCUCUUCCCCCCCUCCACCAGAUGCUUAACAUCUGGUCAGCUCAGCGCACGCCAAGGGAAUGGAUUUUUCUGCCCUAAUCCAGGUAGCUAUUUGCAUGUUCUUUGAUUGAAAAUAAAACGGGAGGGGGAGAAACCUAGCGCCUGGAGAGAAAGGGAGAGUAGAGAGCAACGGUUGCUAAUAUUAUACGAGACCUUCGCCUUUUCAUUUCAUUUCAUUUGUAUGCUGUCCUGAAUUAGCGGGCUACCUGCCCCCAAACGCCCAGUUUUGGUCCGAAGAGACAUUCUUCUAAGGAUGCAAGGUGCCCCAAUUUCUUCCUCUCUCUCUCUCUGGUUGAGAGCACACAACUUUUCUGGAUUUUUACCAAGCAAUUCACAACAAGUGCCCCCACCCCCAUCUGUUCAGGGAUAGUUCCUCUCCACGCAAUCCAAUUUUUAAAAAUCUGUGUUGUAGUUAUGGCAGCCUUGGAAAGAAACCCCACCCCCCACCCCUCCCCAAAAAAAGCCAGUUUACACAAACCAAAAUAAUUUUUAUUUUUGGGUUUCCGGGCUCAAGACACCCCAAAAGCAAGCCGAGUUUCCUGAUAGGAUUCUAUGAAGUGAUCACCAAACUGUAGAUAAGUGGGAAUUUCCCCCCCCAAAAAAAAUCUAAAUGAAGGCAAUAAGAAUUUUUUUUUUUUA